GAAAGAGAUUGACCGGAAGCACCGUUAGGAUUCAAAGAGUUUUAUAAAGACUCAUAAUCUGCAAAUCAGGCACUAAACAGACGCUGCUGAAAAAGAGAUGAAGCCAUGACUCGCAUGUGUGGACUUAACUUUAUAAAUAUUCUCAUUCUCCUGACUGAGUUACAGCUUGGUGGCGCUCUGAUAAACACGGCACCACCACUGGAGCCUGGUGUACCGUUUCUGUUGAUGUGGAACGCCCCGACUGAACUAUGCGAGUCGCGCUUUAGCAUAGAGCUCGAUCUCUCCUAUUUCCAGUUUGUCAGUAGUACUCUCAAAACGGCCACCAAUCAAAGCAUCUCUAUUUUCUACACCGACCGCUUUGGCUUGUUUCCCUACGUGGAUGAGGAGUCAGAGAAGUUCUAUGACGAGGGGCUGCCUCAGCUGAUUGAUUUCAAAGAGCACCGUGAGCUGGCAGAGGAUGACAUCCUCCACUACAUCCCCGGCAACCUCACCGGCCUGGCCGUGCUGGACUUUGAGGAGUGGCGCCCGCAGUGGAUACGAAACUGGGGGACCAAAGAUAUCUACAGAGAGAAGUCAAUCGAGAUCAUCAUGGAGAAAAAUGUCUCCUUAACCUAUGAUGAAGCAGAGGACAUUGCCAUCAGGGUCUUUGAGAGAGCGGCCAAGAGAUACUUCCUGAGGUCCCUGCAGCUGGGCAAAAAGCUGCGUCCGAACCGGAGGUGGGGCUACUACCUCUACCCUGACUGCUAUAACUAUGACUACAACAAGGACAUGGUCCACUUCACUGGGGAGUGUCCUGCCAUAGAGAAAAAGAGAAACAACAACCUCUACUGGCUUUGGCAGGAGUGCACUGCCCUCUUCCCCUCCAUCUACCUGGAGCUGGUGCUGAGGGAGUCCCGCCAAGCCAGGCUGUACGUGCGCCAUCGCAUCCAAGAGGCCAUGCGGGUGUCCAUGCUCUCCAACCAAGACUACUCAACACCCAUCUAUGCGUACAUACGCCCCGUGUUUAAAGACAGCGACAUCAAUUAUCUGUCAGAGUACGACCUGGUCAACACCAUUGGAGAGGCCGCUGCUCUGGGGGCAGCUGGGGUUGUUUCCUGGGGCGACAUGGACAUCACUGACACAGAGGAGACCUGCAUGGCAGCUAGACAUCAUCUGGAAAAAGUGAUGAACCCGUACAUCAUGAAUGUGACCACGGCGGCCAAGCUGUGCAGCCGCGCACUGUGCCAGGAGGAUGGCCGCUGUGUGAGGAAGCGCUGGGACAGCGAUGCGUACCUCCACCUGGACCCUCAGCGCUACCGCAUCCGAAUGGACCACCACGGACAGCUGUUUGUGUUGGGAGACCUCUCCCAGGACGACAUUGAUUGGUUCGCAUCAAGAUUUGACUGCCUGUGCUACUCGGACAAACCUUGCCAGUCUCCUCUAGUCUUCAAUGCCAAGUCCAAUUUUGUGCACGCCGGUAGCCAUCUGCAGCUGCUCUCCCUGUCCCUGCUGCUGACCUGCACUCUCCUCUCCACGCCCUUCUGUCUCUAGAUAUCAGACUAACUAAAUCAUGGACACACAUACCCAUAUCUAUGCAAACACAUGCAACAAUACAAAUGCAAAACAAUAUGAAACAUUAUAUCAUACUCAAGUCUACAUAGUGUAUUGAAAAAGAUUGGAUGAUUGUGUGUGUUAGUCAUACUGUAGGGGGCGAUAAAGGACUAUAUAUCAGAAUUUCCCGUGUAAGGGCAUGACGUUGGUAAAGUUACUUUG